ACUCAUCGUCGCGAAACAAAAAUUAAUUACGGCUCUGUUUUAUCAUCAUCUUCCUUUUCUUUCCUCUUAUCUCUUUACAACUGCACUCUUCCCGCCACAAUAGCAACCCCAAAACGAAGAAAAUACGAUACCAAACCAAUCAUGCCUUCGUCUUCAUCAUCCGUUCCCCUGCAUCUGCAUCCACCUUCAGCCCCGUACUUCCAAACCCUCCUAGACUCCGCUCGUCCCUUCCUCCGUGGCGAGCUGGAGUCCGUCGACGAGAGACUCCCUUCCCUCGUCAGUGUCCUCCGCUCAGUCGGCGCCGGCGAGUGCUGGCACAAACAUGGUAGCUUCCUCGAUCACCUGGUCGAGAUGUACCGAAUCCUCAAGCUCUGGCGAGCCCAGGACUCCGUUUGUCUCCUCGGCCUCUUUCACUCUGCCUACUCGAACUCCUACGUCAACCUCGCUAUCUUUGACCCCUCAACUGGACGCGAAGUGGUUUCGAAACAUGUUGGAGAAGCUGCAGAGAGAUUGAUCUACUUGUUCUGCGUCGUCCCAAGGCAGCCUCUGAUCCACGACGAUCUUCUGUUCCAUUAUACUGACUCAGAACUUAUCGAACACCUCAAGUGUUCCGAAAUUUCAGUUCAAAAUGCUAAGCAAAAAUGUUUGUUUGAUGAAGAUGAAGCGUGGAGAAAGAAGAUAAGGAGUAUUGUUCCUGCAAAUGGGGUUGUUGUGAAGCAUAUCAAGACGGGUGAAGAUGUCCUCGUUUCGAGGAGACUGGUGGCCAUAUUCUUGUUGACGACUAUGGCCGACUUUAGUGAUCAGCUUUUUAGUUUCCAGGAUUGUUUGUUUGAGAAUUUUGAUGGGAAGCUGGAGUUCAAGGGGAAUGAUGUUCCGGCCGGUCUAUGGCCCGGUGACGGCAGGCCAGGGCUUUGGUUGAGCUCGAUAUCGAGAAUGGGUGCUCUGUACAAUUUGUUAGUGAGAGAGGAAGAGAUUUUUGGUGAAGAGAGGAAAAGGGUUGGUAGUGAGAAGGUUGAUGAGGACAGAGAUGGUGAUUUGGAGCUUAUGAUCCCUCCUGUUUUUAAGAAUUGCACAAGGGUUUUAGAUGCCGGGGAACAAAUCAAGGCCAGGGAUUUGUACUGGGAAGCUGUUUGUGAUAUGUCUAAGAAAGGGUUGGAAAGAGUGGAGGAGUUGUUGUUGGGUUGUAUUGAGAAGAACCCUUUUGUUGGAGAGCCACAUGUGGUUUUGGCUCAGCAUUAUAUGUCUCAAGGGAGGUUUGAAGAGGCUGAAAGGGAAGCUGAGAAAGGGGUGACCCUUAUCUUGGAGUGGGGGAGUCCUUGGGACAAGAGGAUGUCUUGGGAAGGUUGGAUUGCUUGGGCUAGAGUCUUGCUUAUGAAGGCGAAAGAAAGAUCUUGGCCACAAACUGCUUGGGGCAUUCUCAAUUUAGGCCUUGUCAGGUAGAAUCUUAAACUAUGACUAUGGUGGCAUCUUCAGAAACUCAACUAUGAAUGAUAUUCAAGGGUACAGGGUAAUUAAUGUUCUUCUCUUUGAUAUUAAGUAUUUUCCUAAGUACCAUUGUCAAAUUUAAAAAAUUGGAUUACAAAUCCACCCAACUACUUCAGCUAAAUAAAAUACGUUUUGUUGAUCACUA